UCGGGUCCAAUUUAACGACUAAAUUUGCGGAUUCUGAGAGGAUUUGGAGCUUCAUUUGGGUUGAAAAUACUUCAAAAGACAGAAAGAAGUCACAAUUUGCACGAAAAUCAUCUCAACUUUUCCGUUUUUUGUCAAUCCGGAACUUUGUUUACGUCUCAGGGAGUUAACGAAGGUCAGUUGAGGACAAUAACAAAGAAACUUCGAGAAGAAAUUCGAUGAUUUUAGAUGAAAAAUCACAAAACAAAGUUCAGCCGACAUUGGAAGGCAUUCACAUCGAAUCAACAGACGCCUCAACAAUAAAACCUGCAAAAAAUUAAGAUAAAAGACUUACAAACAAUUAAAAUCAAUCAAAAAACUCGAAAUAUUUGUGAAAAAUAUUGAAAUAUUAUUGAAAAAAAUCAGUUACCUAAUAAUUUUUAAAAUAUUUAGUAACAAAGAGUGAUAAGAAAUAAUAAAAAAUACACUAAAGUGAUAAGAAAUUACCGUGAAAAUUAUUUAAUUGACGAACAUUCAACCGGAUUUAAUCAAAAAUAAUCAAAUUUUAUUAAAAACAUCACAAAUUAGAGCAAAUUAAACCGAAUAAAAGUUAUUUUUGUGAGAGAAAAUUUUGUAAAAAUGCCGCCAAGCAAGUUGGAUGCGAUUUACAGAUCACUUUUGUUGACGAAAUUCUUCACCAAAGGCUGGGGCAAGCCCGAAAACUUACAAAGAAUUUUCGAAUUCCGCAAACUCAUUUCAAAUCGUGAAACGUGCUACAAUCUCGUACCCAAAGAUUACCCCAUUGAAAUAACCAAAGAAGAAGUUACCUCCGAUUGUCGCAUCAUCGAUGGAAAAUUCACAACGCCUCUUGAACUCUAUCUUCCCGGAUUGGUGCCAAAAUGUGCGCAAGAUGCGCAUUUCCAGAUGGUACUUCCGCUCCAAUGGAAAGAUCCCGUACACAAGCCCAUGUGUAUUCAUCUCGCCGGCACAGGCGAUCACUAUUUUUGGAGACGUCGCAACCUGAUUGCCAAACCUUUGCUCAAAGAAGCGAAUUUGGGAGCGAUAAUUUUGGAAAAUCCCUUUUACGGGAUGCGAAAACCGAAAGAUCAACAUGCAUCGUCGUUGCAUAAUGUGUCAGAUAUUUUCGUUAUGGGAGGAUGUUUGGUGCUCGAAAGUCUCGUGUUGCUAAAUUGGUGCGAACGGAAUGGAUAUGGACCAUUGGGUAUUACGGGAUUGUCUAUGGGAGGACAUAUGGCUUCGUUAGCUGCUACAAAUUGGCCCAAACCAUUGGUUCUCGUUCCAUGCCUUUCUUGGUCGACAGCUUCGGCGGUUUUCACACAAGGCGUCAUGUCGCAAAGCAUAAAUUGGGAUGUUUUGGAGACACAAUACUUCUCCGACGGAAAUUAUCGCGAAAAAUUAUCAAAAAUGGUAACAAUUGUGGAUGAUGCAUUUUUAGCGGGACAGCAAUUCGUCAAAACUUACUCCGAAUCAAUGCAAGAAUUGCAAAAAGACAUCAAAGAAAUGGAUGAUUUGACAACAAAUACAAACGAACCGGUGAAUUUGGGCGUCGUUAACAACACAAAACCCAAAGAUGGAGUGAAAAGUCGUCUCAUCGACAUCAAAGCACACAAAAAUCUCUUGAAUUUGAGUGAAAACUUGCUCAAUAAGUUACUUUCAACGGAAAAAUGUGAACUAACGACGGAGGAAAUUAACGAAUUGAACACAAAAAUAAAGUUGGCUUUGGAAAAAAUCAAAGCUGAGAACGGAAACGAUGAAAAGAAGACAGUAUUAAGCAGCACAGACGAAAAUUCCAAAGAAAAAAUGGUUUUGCAAUCGGAUACCGCCAACAAUGAAAGCAGCACAUAUCUCAGUUCAGCGAUUAAUGUUGGUCGAACGAAACUCAUGAGCCUCAUAUCGCCUUCGUCAUCGUCUUCGACGUCAAAUGAGAUAACUGCCAACACUGUUGAGACCCUUCCCGCCACAAAACGCGCUUCCUUCGACAUCACAAAGACAAAUUGGUGGGAACGUGAAGCGACACAGUUUAUGCGCGGCAUGAUGGAUGAAUGUACACAUCUGAAAAACUUUUCCGUGCCAUAUGACACAUCUCUCAUAAUCGCCGUUUGCGCCAAAGAUGACGCUUAUAUUCCACGCGAAGGAUGCAGCAGUUUGGAACACAUUUGGCCCGGAUGCGAAAUUCGAUAUUUGGAUGCGGGACACGUUUCGGCAUACGUUUUGCACCAAAAACUCUUCAGAAGUUCCAUUGCGGAGGCAUUUGAGCGCGCCAAGAAGAUUUACGACGCCGAAAACGCACACAAUCUUGAGCUGCAACAACGCAGACUCAUUUUUCCCGAUACAACUUCGUUACGAGAUCGCAUCAAGGAGUUGCAAGUUCUGAAACGAUAAAUUAAAAAAAUAUUUUUUUCAUUUUUUUUGUAUAAAUGUUACAAAAACGCUUGCUUGAAUUUUAGACUGAAACGAGAGAAACAAAGAAACCUUGCUUUAUUUUUAUAAUUUUUCAAUAUUUUUUUAAAUAACACUUAGGAUUAGUUGAAAUAGGGAAAAUUGAAAAUUGACUGAAAAAAAAUUUUGUACCAAGAAAUAAUUUUUUAACGACCCUGUGAAGAAAUAAUUAGAAUUUUUAUGAAUUAACAAAGUAAUUAAUUAAAUAAAAAUUCUUUACAAAUAUUUUGUAUUAUACAAAAAUUAUAAAAAUUUUAACUUAAUGUUAGAAAAUUUGUUAAUAUUAGCUUUAAAUGUCUAUUUAUAUCAAAAUAGAUGAUUUAA